CCAAUUUUUGAAGAGGCUAGCUUUCCUGUCAGGAUGCAUUUUGAUAAGAUUCUAGUUCUUCUUGGGGAAUUUGGCUCAUACCAGAAGAGGACCUUUUUCGCGAUCUGUCUGCUCAGCGUAGUGUGGGCUUUCGACAAAUUCGGCCUGGUCCUCGUCGGGGACGUGGGCGCGGACCACUGGUGCGCUCUGCCCGAAUGGAAAGACCAGGAUUGCGCCGCUUGGAACUUGACUGCAAUGGAGUGUCAACUCGCGAAGAAGAACGCGUCGAUUCCAAGGGGAGAGGACGGUGCUUUUGAGCAGUGCGAGAGAUUUUAUAACGUGACGGGAGAGGUGUUUUACCCAGGCCUGGACCCCAGAAAUUUAACCAAGGAGGGGUGCGUGGAUGGCUGGGAAUUCGAUACCAGUCAGUUUGAAAACACCGUCAAAAUGGAGUUCGCCUUGGUGUGUGAUAAAAAGAACCUUUUCAUCAUGACCCAGUCCGUUUACUUCGUGGGAAUUAUACUCGGCUCUGUUGUGUUUGGGUCGCUCGCUGAUUGGUUCGGACGCACCUAUAUGAUGUGGAUCGCUUUGACUCUGUGGUUUGCUGCAAUAAUUGGCUUGGCGUUCUCACCUAACAUCGCUGCAUACACGAUAUUCCGUGCCUUAGAUGGAGCGUUCAGCUACGGAACAUUCCUGCCUGCUUACGUCUUAGGUAUGGAGUUUGUCGGUCCAUCCAAGCGAGCCAUCGUCGGAGUUGUGUGGCAGAUCUUCUUCCGGGCCGGUCUCAUGAUCCUCGCUGGGGUCCCUUACAUCAGCAAUGAUUGGCGUACACUAGAACACUCUAUCGUAUCUUUUAUUACCCUCUUCUGCUUCUGUAUGCCCCUUUUCCCGGAAUCUGCGCGCUGGCUGAUCAACAGAGGGCGUCACGAGAAAGCCGAGAAGAUCAUUAGAAAGGCUGGCAGGGUAAACAACAAAGAGCUCCCGGAUGUGUUGUUUGAGGAGGAUGAAAUCAAGGAAAUGAAGGAGAAACUGGCAACGGAACGAAAACCAACCGUGUUGGAUCUCUUCAAGUCCCCAAACAUCGCUUUGAAAACGUUCAAUCUCAUGUUCAACUGGUGUGUCAACAGCCUAGUGUACUAUGGCCUGUCUCUGAGCAUCCCAAAUCUGGUAUCUGAUGACUACAUUGCCUUCCUCAUAUCGGCGGCAGUUGAGAUACCAGCCUACAUCGUAGCCGUGGUAUAUAUUGAGAAGCUGGGAAGGAGGCCAAAUCUGGGAUCUACCAUGGUCGCUGGAGGGGUGGCAUGUGUUGUGACAAUAUUCAUGGAGCCUGGGACCUGGCAGAUAGUUGUCGCAAUGAUCGGCAGGUUAUGUAUUUCUGCCUCCUAUGUCAUUAUCUUCAUCUACUCUGCAGAACUCUUCCCAACUGCGCUCAGGACGGUGGGAAUGGGCAUGUGCUGCGUGGCGUCAAGCAUCGGUAGCAUCAUCGCCCCUUUCGUUCUCUUGCUGCAUGACGUCUGGGAGCCGUUACCGCUGCUCCUGUUUGGUGUCCCAUCUAUCCUGGCCGGUCUCUUGGCAUUCCUUCUGCCCGAGACCAGAGGCAAAUGCCUGCCGGAGACCGUGGAGGAGGCCGAACAGUUUGGAAAGUAA